GGGCGCCCGGCGCUCUGAGCUCACCGGACGCCGCCAGACACGCCGACCCGCGGUGCAUCGCUGAGCUUUCUCCUUCUGCCGACCCGCGGUGAGCGAUCUGCCAGUCCUCCCGCACCGGUGGGCUGCCGGACCCGGCGGGAAGAGGGGGCAAGCACAGAGCCCGAGCCUCCCAGAGGCGGGGACAGUCUCCCGGAGCAGCGCCGCGCGGAGCGCGCGGAGCCUUGGGACAAUGGGGCCACGGCGGCUGCUGCUGCUCGUCGCCGCGGGACUCAGUCUGUGCAGCCCCCCGCUAUCCGCCAGCACCGGAGGCCGCAAGCCAGAGUUAAAACCAACAAAUGCUUCUGCAGCUCCUCGGUCAUUUUUUCUGAGGAAUUCCAAUGAUGGAUAUGAACCAUUCCUACUGGAUGAGGAUGAAGAAAAAAAUCAAAGCAGGUUAACUGAAGACAGAUUAAGCUCCAUCAAUCAAAGCAGUCCUCUUCAAAAACGACCCCCGGUGUUCAUCUCAAAAGAUGCCUCAGGAUAUCUGACCAGCGCUUGGUUGACUCUCUUUAUCCCCUCUGUCUACACUGGCGUGUUUGUAGUCAGCCUUCCUCUAAAUAUCAUGGCCAUCGUUGUGUUCAUCUUGAAAAUGAAGAUCAAGAAGCCUGCCGUGGUGUACAUGUUACACCUGGCCACAGCAGAUGUGCUGUUUGUGUCUGUACUCCCCUUUAAGAUCAGCUACUACUUUUCUGGAAGUGAUUGGAAAUUUGGGUCUGAAAUGUGUCGCUUCGUCACGGCAGCGUUUUACUGUAACAUGUACGCCUCCAUCAUGCUCAUGACAGUCAUCAGCAUUGACCGGUUCCUGGCUGUGGUGUAUCCCAUGCAGUCCCUCUCCUGGCGGACUCUGGGGAGGGCUUCCUUCACUUGUCUGGUCAUCUGGGCUAUGGCCAUCUCCGGGGUGGUGCCUCUUCUCCUCAAGGAACAAACCACCCAGGUGCCAGGGCUCAACAUAACCACGUGCCAUGAUGUGCUCAAUGAAACCCUGCUCGAAGGCUACUAUGCGUAUUACUUCUCAGCCUUCUCUGCUGUCUUCUUUUUCGUGCCGUUGAUCAUUUCCACAGUCUGUUAUGUGUCUAUCAUCCAAUGUCUUAGCUCUUCCACAGUUGCCACCCGGAACAAGAAGUCCCGAGCUUUGUUCUUAUCGGCUGCUGUUUUCUGCAUCUUCAUCGUUUGCUUUGGACCCACAAACGUCCUCCUGAUUCUGCAUUAUGCGUUCCUUUCUCAUAAUCCCUCCACAGAAGCCGUCUACUUCGCCUACCUCCUCUGUGUCUGUGUCAGCAGCAUAAGUUGUUGCAUUGAUCCCUUGAUUUACUAUUAUGCUUCCUCUGAGUGCCAGAGGUACCUCUACAGUAUCUUAUGCUGCAAAGAAAGUUCUGAUCCCAGCAGUUAUAACAGCAGUGGUCAGUUGAUGGCAAGUAAAAUGGAUACUUGCUCCAGUAACCUGAAUAACAGCAUAUACAAAAAGCUGUUAACUUAGGGAAAGGGACUGCUGGUGAGUUAAAAAGAAAAGGGUAAAAGAGCAAAUAACCUGAGGAUUCUAUUAGUCCCUGCCAAAAAGUAUUUACUUUACCAUCUAAAAUAACAAAUGGUAUGAUUUGCAUACCUCCUUCUUAUAAGAGCCAUUAAGCAUAUUUGUUACUUACAGAAAAGGAUAAAUGAAUAUAAAACAGUUAUUC